AUGGAGUCGAGUCGCGACCUUCGCCGCCUGUCGUCGUCCUCUUCUUCCAGCGCACACGACGCUCCUCCUCCGCCGCUGCCUCCAGCGAUACCUAAGAACGUGCAAGUCGCGUUACUCUGUCGACCUUUCAGUAGCCGUGGGAAGGCUGCCGGACAUGGCGCUGUCGUCCAAUGCAAACCUCAGUCGAGUGAAGUGGCCAUUGUGAAGCGCAAAACGUACACGUUUGACCGUGUUUUUGGCCAACACUCGACGCAGAAAGACGUGUUUGAUGCAGUCACAGGUACAUGCAAGACAUACACGAUGCAGGGCGAUCUGCUUCCAGGCUGUGAACCGGCUGGUAUCAUUCCCCGUACUGUGCGCUGCAUUUUUGACGCUCUGGGGGCCAGUGGGGAAGAGUUUAGUGUCCGAGUAUCGUUUCUGCAGCUCUACAAUGAAGAACUGAAAGAUUUAUUAGAUCCUGACGCAGACAAGGAGCUGCGGCUGAUGGAAAAUGCUAAGAAAGGAGGAUUCCAUUGUGUGAAUUUGCUGGAACUUACGGCAACGACAGCGAAACAUGCGUAUGAACUAGUCAAUUCUGGCGUCAAGAACCGAGUUACGUCCGAGACUUUGAUGAACGAAAAUUCGAGUCGAUCGCAUAGCGUAUUCACGAUUCGGAUCCAUAGCAAAGAGCACAACGCGGCUGGUGAAGAAUUGCUAUUGCGGGUCAGGCAGCUCAAUCGGGUGGAUCUUGCUGGAUCCGAGUGUGUAGGUCGAUCGGGAGCACGCAAUGCCAGAGCGCGCGAGGCAGGGACGAUCAAUCAGAGUCUGCUCACGUUAGAUAGCCUUGACGAGACGCUUAGCACGCUGGAGUGUGCGUUCCGUGCAAAGUAUAUCGAGAACAAGCCUGAACUGAAUCAAAAGAUGACCAAAUCGGGGUUGUUGAAUGAUUUUGAAAGCGAGAUUGAGACACUUCGUGCAGCCUUGCGCGCUGCUAGACUGAAUGACGGCGUGUACUUCCCGCUGGAACAGUUGACUGAUAUGCAAGAGCGACUUUCCGGUGAGGCUGUACAAUUGACUGAGCUGGAAGAUAUACUUAAGGAGGUGGGUGAGAAACUGGCGGCAACACAAGUCCAGCUAAGUGAAACAAAGCAAACGCUGGCGAAAGUAUCAAACGAGCUGCAGCGAGUACAAGUUGUGCUCAAAGCCUUCCAAGAUAAUGAGCAAGUGCUACUUGCAAACGGACUCACCGCUGCUAAGCUGUACGAUGCUCGGCAAAAGCAGACUGUCCAGCUUUUGACAAAGAUCGAGAGUACACAGCGUAACGACGAGACCAACACGGAACUGGCAACGUCGUAUCGUAGUGCCUCGCCGUUCCAGAUCAACAGCUUCUUGGAACGACUAGCGACACACAAGGAGAGUCGGGAAAAAAUGUUUACUAACGUCUUAAGCGCUUUGCGCGAGCUACAGACGACUCAAUCAUCGGACUUGCAUGGACUUGUCACAAAUUUGAGGGCUGUGGAAGGCGUCGUAGAAGCGAACAGGUUGCAGGCAACUCAAUCACUCGCUGAAGAUGACGCUCAAAAGUCAGCACAACGUGAGGAAGUGGCGAAUUCGAUGAAGGAGCAGCAACAAACGAUGCAGGAGCAGCUCAAGAAGCUUGUUGAGAUGUACAAGUACCACGCGGCAGACGAGUCUCGUGCAGAGCUGGGUACUUUUCUUGUGGAGCAAAGCAAGAAAUUGCAGGAGCUGCAGGCAGUAAUCGACACCUCCUGUGUCGAUGCAAGGGGGACAAGCGUGACAUCUGGCUUCACUGACGCCAAGUCCGUCGUCAUUCCUUCGAAGCUCAAGAAAGCUGGAGUGUCUGGAAUGCACAACAAGAAGUCGUCUGGUGUUGCCGUGACAAACCGAAGCAUGAAGGUGCCAAGUGCUGGCGCAACGUAUCGCAAGACUACGACAGCGUCAUCGAUAGCCGCUCCGAAACGGUACCGCGCCAAGUCGCUUCGGGGAGAUCCGUCUUCACAUGGUCGCUAA